AUCCUGUUCGUCUUCGCCAAAUUGAACCCGGACAUCGGGUACGUUCAGGGUAUGAACGAGAUCCUCGCGCCGAUUAUCUACGUCUGCAGCUCCAAUCCGGCUAUCAUUUGGGCAUCAGAGGUGGAGGCCGACGCCUAUCACCUCUUCGCAACAGUCAUGGCGUCACUCCAAGUGCUCUACGCCCGAACUCCGGAGAACCCGCUCAGCGGUGCAGACCUGCAGAUGGCGCGCCUCGCAAAGCUACUGCGGCAACACGACGCCGCUUUGUGGCAGCACCUCAACUUCGUGGGGCUCACACCGGACCUGUACAGCUUCCAGUGGUACAUGACUCUUCUGGCCCGUGAGUUCUCCAUGCCGGACACACUUCGCGUCUGGGACACACUCCUCGCCGACCCGAAGCGCUUCAGCUUCUUGCACUACGUCAACUGCGCUCUCGUUCGCUCGCAGCGCGCUUUCCUACUCCUGCACGGCUUCACCACGGGCCUCAAGAAGCUUCAAAAUCUGCAAUCCUCCGAC